UCCCACGGUUGAGCUGCACUUCCUCAUGCAGCAGCUCCAUCACGGGUGUGGAAACACCUUUAAUACAUUUACACUGAAACAAACAGUCGGAGGGAAAGAGAGAGGGAGGAAGGGGCGUUGAAUCGUUUUUCUUUAAGUCCUCUUCUCUCUCUGAAUCUUUACUUUUCCCUCUAACAUGGCUGCGCUCUCAGUCUGGUUCUGGAACGAGCGCUUCUGGCUUCCGCACAAUGUCACUUGGGCGGAUCUGGCCGACCCAGCGCCCGGGGUGGAGUACCCGAAAGCCGGCCACUUGCUCUCCGCGCUGCCGCUGGCUCUGGGGAUAUUCGCGGUACGGAUCUUUUUCGAGAGGUUUAUCGCGGGUCCAUGUGCCUCCAUUCUUCAGAUCCAGACUGAGGUGAGCCGCAGAGCUCAGCCUAACGCGGUUCUGGAGAAAGUGUUUACAUCCAUCACAAAGUGCCCGGACACACGUCAUCUAGAUGGUUUAUCAAAACAGCUGGACUGGGAAGUUCGAAAGGUCCAGAGAUGGUUUCGACACCGGCGGAACCAGGACAAACCCAGCACAAGAACCAAGUUUUGCGAGAGCAUGUGGAGGUUUAUGUUCUAUCUGUGUAUAUUUACCUAUGGGAUUUGUUUCCUCUGGCAGUCUACCUGGAUAUGGGAUACGAGACACUGCUGGUACAACUACCCCUAUCAGGUGCUGACUCCAGGCAUUUAUUAUUACUAUGUAACAGAACUGGCCUUUUAUUGGUCGUUGAUGUUCUCACAGUUCACAGACAUCAGAAGAAAGGAUUUCCUCAUCAUGUUUGUUCAUCAUCUGGCUACAAUCAGCCUGAUCAGUUUCUCGUAUGUAAAUAACAUGUUGCGUGUGGGAAGUCUGGUCAUGUGUGUUCAUGACGCGUCUGACUUCCUGUUAGAGGCUGCGAAGUUAGCAAAUUAUGCCAAAUACCAGCGUUUAUGUGACAUCCUUUUCGUGGUGUUUGGAAUCAUCUUCUUCGGUACAAGACUGAUCAUCUACCCUUUCUGGUGUCCAAAGACGAUCGCAGCGACAUUGAAAGCAGCUCAGAGGAGGAAACUGAAACACCCACCAAAGAGCGACUCAAAACAGGCACUUCACCCCGAGGAGAAAAUGGCACCAAUGGCCAUUUUGGCUCCAAAUCUUGGAACCAGAACCACAACGAUUGGUGACACUCCAUGUGGCCUUGUGCACAAAGAACUUUUGUCUCAGAAAUAUCACAAUGGGACUCGUCGCUGUACCUCACUUUCCGUUCAAAACCAAAAUAAGAAAAAACACAACAAAACGAUCCUGUUAUGGGAUAUUUUGAGACUGCUCUGAAUUUCUAGGCUCUCUUUUGAGAGUUUGGAGCUUAAUUUGGGUGAUUAUUACAGUGAUGGACAGUAAUGAUGACAAGAUGGCCACUAUAAGAAGCUUGUGAAAGAGAAAACGGUUAAAUUAGUAAUAUUUGCAUUUGCUCGUUUCCUUGUUUCGGGAGCUGAGAAGAGCUUCAGCGUUCUGCUCCGUGCUUCGCAUUUUACUGAAGUUGGAGAGGAACGUUCUCUUACGAAUUUAAUGGUCAGAUGUACUUGAUUUUCUAUAUAUAUAUAUAUAUAUAUAUAUAUAUAUAUAUAUAUAUAUGAUUUGUUUUCGUAACUGUUGUGUUUUUAAUUUGUUUCCUGUUCUGUUUUGCAUUUCGCUUUUCAUUUUGGAAACUAUAUUAUUAAAUGAAAGCUGGGCCUUUAUCCUGUAAUUAGACGAUUUUUGAAAGCAGAGGUUUUUUUUUUUAAUAUAUAUAUUCAAGGUUUCAACGGUUAUGGAAAACCAAGAAAUAUCUGGGAAUUUUUUUAAGACUUGAAAAGUCAUAGAAAUGAAAUAGUUUUGCUCAACUCUAAUGGGCUAGAAAUUGGUCUUCUGGGCAUUUGAUGCUUGACUUGUCAAUGGUCUUCACCAUCAAGAUUUUAGGUUAACAUUUAUAUAGAAGUAUAAGAUAAAGUGUAUAUUACUGGUCUUGUAAAUUGUCACCAUUUUUAAUAACCUUUUUUUCUUCAGUGGUUUAUUUUAAAUGGUCCAAUGGUGUGACAAAUGAAAUUUUCAAAGUUGAAAUAUUCCAUGUAGUUUCUCAGUUAAUUUGAGGUUUUAAGAGCUACAUGCAUAAUAAUUAUAAAAUAAUUACUGCUUAAAAUCGUUUUAGAUGGAGCUUAACAUGUCAACUACCCAAGGCUAUUUUACACACACCAUUUCCAUAGUAAAGACUUCAUUUACAGCCACUGAACUGCAUGACAAUUCAAAUAAACUCCCAGACCCACCCUGAAGGUCAUGGAUUUUGGAUUUUCAGGUGGGUUUUCUGUUGACACAUCCACAUUAUCUGCUGGGCCACAUAAAACAUCCCACUCGUAUGACAUGAUCAAUGUCUGCUUAAUUGAUUAUUUACAGCUGAUCUCUUUUGAAAUGGCAGGCAUUGUUGGGUUAGCCUUUAAUGGCCUA